UUUCACUUUCUUUUGUCUUUCUCAAUCUUUGCUACCCUUCCAUCCACUCGCUUCUCUCCCUCUUUCUUUGUUUAUUUUGCUUCCGGAACCUUUGUUUUCUUGUAUCUUUGAAGCAAAUAGGAGGAGGCUGUAGAUUUCUGGAACGUUUAGGGCUGCCAGCCCCCGCUCUCUCUCUGGCACCUUUAGGCUGUGAAUUUGCGUUUCUGGAUACAAAGUACAGACAAGUUGUGGCUCAUUGGAGGUUACAUCAUUUUUUUUCUCAUUUUAUGAUCUCCAUAUGUAUGAUGGAAGCUUCAGAGCCUGAAGCAAGACAGAUGUUUACAGUUAAGGAACUUGUACAUGGAGUGAAACUAGUAAUGGCUUGAGUAUGUAUCCUGCCACCACUCUCGGUGAAGACGAUAAUUUUACCAAUAGCAGAAUGUUAAGCUCCUCGUCCUCCUCGUGCUCUUCUUCAUCUGGAGACUCUUUUGAGUUGGAUGCAGAUGAAAUCAGCAAGUCCAAUGCAGGUGAUAUUGGGGUUCCUAACCAUAGCGUAAACGCUCAAGUUCCUUUGGAGGACCAUGACAAUGACAUUCUGGUAAGCUCUGUGCCCUGGCAAGAACAACCACCUAGUCAUGCAUAUACAUUGACAUCCAAUGAUGGUUCGGCAACGCAGUUUCCUCCAACACAGGUGAUGGAGCGAACUGCUGAUUCAAAUCCCUCUGCCGCUUGUAGGAUUCCUUCUUCUGUAUUUGCUAGAACUAUAUCUAAUACUCCAAUGGAAUGGAGUGUUGCUUCCACUGAGUCAUUGUUCAGUAUUUAUAUGGGGAAAAUGAGCUUCACAGGAGACCACCAAAACUGGUUGGGUAAAUCCGGAGAGCUAGGCUUUCCUGGUGAUUCUACGCCGUUGAUUGAUUACUCAAGUAACCAACCUCCAAGUAAUCAGCAUCCAGUAAAUAAAGCAACAGAGGUUGGACCAAAGAAAGCUAAUGUCAAUGAGUACCUUGGUGAAACUGAACAACCAAAAGCUGCUGAAACAAUGAGGCAAGUUGUAAAAGAGGACAAAGAAGAUGGAAACAGAGAGAGGUCUCUUGCCAAAGGAUCACUUCAUUCUGCUAGCCUUUCUCGUCUUUCAGAUGCAAGUGGGGAAAGUAUCAAAUCUUUUGCAUUUCCAAUUUUGACAGGGGAUGAUAAAGGUUAUUCACUAUCUCAUAAGCAAUAUCCAUCAUCACGGCACCAGUCACAGCCGCAAACUCCUAAAGCAGCUCAAUCACCUCGGGCAAAGCUAGAGCCAAAGCUGUUCUCAGAGCCAGUUCCAGUGCCAAAAGCAAAUCUAAAUGUUACUCCGGGUAAAUGGUUAUCCUGUGUUCCGUGUUGCUCGUUCUGUUCUUGAUGGACUUGAUCCACUCUUUGUUGCCUUAGGUGUGCGAAAUGCUCUUGCAGAAUGGUGGAUUAAAUCGACUUAACUUUUGGUAUCAAAAUCACCACAGCUGUGAUGGAAGUACUUUCUCUGCAGUUUUAUUUAUUUGUUUUCAUUAGAGAUGUUAGGACUUUUGUCGGGAUUCAGAUGAAAAGCCUUUAAUUUAUUUGCUCUUUCUGCUGCCAAAUUUUUUUAGGUUCUGUUCUAUGUUGUUAUUUAUCGUCGUAUUAAUCAUUAAACAAAAUACGAGCGGCAAGAGCAGACUCCUCUAUUUA